AUGUCGACAAGCCAUGAAUCGCUAUACUCUUCGUCUGUGGUGCUGGCACAGUGUGAAUUUCGUCGCAGAUUUCCCGGCCGUCCGACACCAAAUGGACAAACACUGCUGCGUUUGGUCGCCCGCCUUGAGGAAACUGGGACAACACGAGAUGCUUCUCGGCGUGGCCGGUCUAGGAAUAGCCGUUCUGCUGAGAAUAUCGCCGUGGUAGCCGACGAUGUUGAAAUGGACCCCGGAACAUCGACCCAAAGACGUGCCACGAAAUUGGGCCUUAGCACGCGGUCCCUACGACAAAUUUUGGUGAAAUACCUGAAGAUGUUCCCUUAA